CUUUUGGCAUGUCGAGUCGCGCUUAACUAAUCAGUCCAACGCCAGCCACCGAGAUGACGCAGAGCAGCACGGAUUUCACGCAGUCGUCCGCUGCGCACAACGAUGCAAAUGCCGCAAGCCACAAAGAGAAGGAGGCAGCUGCCGCAGCACUGGCAGCGAGACCCAUAGCCAGCAGCCAAACUUGUGAUAUACUCCUAAACAACUUUCAAAUCAAGAAGAAACGGUAUCGCGUCUUGCUCAACUAUGACCACAUCGUUUGGGAGCGACUGCAGACGAAGCGCAACAGCGACGCGGACACUGAAGGCAACUUUAAGCAAGGCUUAGUCUAUGGCAAAAACACGAAUGUGUUGCAUAUAAACGAGCUAAUCAGAGUGGGCAAGGGCCACACCAAGUCGGCGGCUUUGCAUAUUGCAGCGCCGCAGCCAAUGGCUGAGUUCGAUGCGCACACCGCUAGCGAACAAAAACAACAACACAGCAGUACGCCACCCACUGAACAGUAUCUUGCCUUGUCAUACGCCGCGCGCAUCGUCAACUCAGAGACAGACUGCAACCGCUGGGACGUGCACAAACUGGUGCUCUAUAACGCCGAUGCGUAUGUGGUGCGGCAAUGGCACGCGUUGCUCAAUAAAAUGCUCGCGAAUACGGCGCCGACGCGUCUGCGCGUGCGUCGUUUACUGGUCUUCAUCAAUCCGUAUGGCGGACGCCAGCGCGGCUUGCAGGUCUAUGAACGCCACUGUAAACCACUAUUUCAAUUGGCUGGGAUCGACGCGUCCUGCAUUAUAUCGCAGCGUUCGAAUCAGAUACGCGACAUACUGUUGAGUCAUGAUUUGUCGCCGUUCGAUGCGGUUUGCUGUGUUGGUGGCGACGGCACAGUGGCGGAGGUAAUUAACGGGCUCAUCUUUCGCGCAAUAUGCGAUGCGGGCAUGGAUGCGCGCCAGCCGCCGUAUGUGCCGAAACCAACGCUGCCCGUGGCCAUUAUACCAGCGGGUAGUACGGAUACGGUCGCGUACAGCCUGCACGGCACAUCGGAUGUGCGCACCGCGGCGAUACAUUUGAUUUUGGGGCAGCGGCGCGGUGUGGACAUUUGUAGCGUGCGCAAUCGUGAGGGCGUCAUACGUUUCUGCGCCAGUGUAUUAUCCUACGGCUAUUUAGGCGAUGUGGCGGCAAAGAGUGAGCGUUAUCGUUGGCUGGGUACGAAGCGCUAUGAGUUUGCCGGUGUUAAAACGUUCCUUACCAAUAACGGCUACGAAGCAGAGCUGCGCAUCUUACAGCCAAUAGGCGGCAACAAAUUGAAUGCUGGUGCGGCACCACACGAAGAAGGCGCGAGGUGUGAAAACGUAACAACUACUGAGGAUACGAUUUGUUUUGCGAAUUGUACACGCUGUGACGCGGCGUCCAUUACACAGGCGGCGCUUGCGACGAAACGCGCUUUAAUGCACAAAGGCAUAUUGGCGGGUGUUAUUACGCCGACGUCCGUUGCAGGCGAUGAGCUGCCCACAUCAUCAAACGCUUCAAUGAAGAUUUGUGAGGAUAAUAACGACGGCCAAAGCAAUAAAACAAAUUAUUUGGAAGUGGCUGGCACUGCUGCCGAGUUGCGCGGCGGAAAAAUAUUUUCUGCAAAUAGCAAUGAAACUAUGGACUUUGAUGAUACGAAGCAUAUAAAUUUGACAGACUGUGAUAAUGAUAGUGAAAUGGUUUAUGACGGAGCAGAUGGCGUGUGCGCGCCGGAAAAUAAAGUCGAAAGUGGGUGGAAAACAAUAAAUGGUGAAUUUUUCAUGAUCAGUGGCGCGAAUAUUACCUGCGCCUGCACGCGGAGCCCCAACGGUGUGGCGCCCUACAGUCAUCUAGGCGAUGGCUAUCUAGACCUGGUACUAGUGCGAAAAACCUCGCUGCUCAACAAUGUACGAUUGCUUUUAAACUUGACGGGGCGCAGUGGCGAUAUUCGAAAUUUGCCUUUCGUUGAAACCUAUCGCACCAAAAAGUUCUGCUUCCGGUCGCCUAAUGCGAAUCUUGUGCAAGAGUACAGCAUUAGUAAUUCAUGUCAGCCGAUCGCUGAAACUGCGGAUGGUUAUGUUGACUAUGAUGAUGACAACGGCUUGUCGCGUUGGAACUGCGACGGAGAGGUGGUUAAUGAUCAGGAAUUAACUAUGAUUUCACAUUGCCAAUUAAUCGACAUCUUCAUGCGUGGACCACACACAUACAACAAACCGGCGAAGAGCGGUGGCAAAUCCUUGCUGUGCUGCUGCUGUGGCUGCUGCCGAAGUGAUGAUUAGCAUAGUCAUAAUGCUUUGGAAGUUUUUUGACACGCGGUCGAAUGCAAAUUAUUACAAAAGUUGGUGGGUACAGCAAUCGUUUGCUGUUUCAUAUGGAAAACUGUGGCCAAUUUGCGUAGACGCCUCCUAAGUUAGAGCUGAAAGUGUUGCAUGUGUAGAUAGGUAUGGAGAAAAGUGUAUAACAAUAGGAAACAAUAAGCUUUAAGCACUAAAGAUUUUUAAUAAAUAUUUGCAAUAUGUAAUUUGAAAAAUUAAAAUUGAUAAUCUAUAGCCGUUUCGUACAUACAUACAUAUAUACAUAUAU